UCCCUCGCUCGCGCGCCGUCCCGUUGGUCCCAGUCCCACAUGCCAGCCACGGCCCUCGAACGAAACUCCAGGCUUCCGCCGCAUUCUCUCCCGCGAUUCGAAACCAAAACCCUCGCCAUCCCAUUCCCCUUCCUCUCCGGAGCUGCGAGCAGAGGGCGGCGGCGGCGUGAGGCGGAGGGCGCGGAACGAAUUGGGGAUCCUGCACCGAGGAGCCCGAUUCCACCGGUAAAUCCGGUCCCGCCCUGUUCGAUCCGACCUCACCCGCUCCACCCAAUUCGGUUUUAGUUCGAACCGAGAACACCGCGUCAACCUGGGCGAACCGGUGCAGAUUUUGGGGCUAGGUAUUCAGAUUCACCAUCGUGCAGCUUAGCACCGAACCUCGACCUCAAGGAUCUGUUGUUCUUCAGCCAGUGAGCACCGAGCUUGGCUUGCAAGCGCAGCUCACUGGUUCUGAUCAUGGAUGCCAAUUCUGUCGGCACUGAUGUAUCUGCUGAUCAUGUCAUUGCCGAGUUGCUCGAGAUGGGGUUCGAGUUCGACAAGAUCAGCGAAGCCAUUGGUGUUGUCGGUCCGUGCCGUGCUGACGUGGUGGAGUUUGUGCUGAAUGGUUCUGGUAGUGUACAAAGAAAGCCAGGCGGGGGGUCUCAAAGACGCUCUUCUGACAGGAGUGCUAGACUGGCUAAUCCCAGGGGGAAAUUUAAGCAGUCUAGCAUUACUUAUCAUAUCGCGUCAACCACUGGCAGUAAAACCGAGUCUUGUGGCGAGGAGCCAAGUACCUCAUAUUCUUGUUUAGCGGCCAACAUGAACCCUGCAUUGACUGCUGCUAUCUGUUUAAAACCAAAGCCUGAACAUCAGACUUUGCUUGAUGAUUCAAGAGGCGAGUUUGACUGGGCUGACAAAAUUAGUGCUGUUUUGCAAAAGCAUUUCGGAUUCUCCUGUGUGAAGGGUUUCCAAAAGGAAGCCUUGGAUGCUUGGUUUGCUCACAAGGAUUGUCUUGUUCUAGCAGCAACUGGAUCAGGGAAGUCACUUUGCUUUCAGAUUCCAGCUCUUUUGACUACGAAGGUUGUGGUGGUGAUCUCACCCUUGAUUAGUUUGAUGCACGACCAGUGCCUAAAACUUGCAAAACAUGGGAUAUCAGCAUGCUUCCUUGGAUCAGGGCAACCAGAUAAUCGUGUUGAGGGCAAAGCCAUGGCUGGCAUGUAUAAGAUUAUUUAUGUUUGCCCCGAGACAGUUUUAAGACUGAUGGAACCAUUGAAGAAACUUGCCGAAAAACCAGGGAUUGCACUUUUUGCCAUUGACGAGGUUCAUUGUGUUUCUAAAUGGGGUCACGAUUUCCGACCCGACUAUAGGAAACUAUCUGUGCUUCGACAAAAUUUCUGUUCCAGCAAAUUGAAGUUCUUGGAACAUGAUAUUCCUUUGAUGGCAUUGACUGCUACUGCAACUCUCCCGGUACGAGAAGACAUUCUCAAGUCCUUGAAAAUGUCAGGACAUACAGUGGUUGUCUUGACGUCCUUUUUCCGACAAAACCUUCGAUUUAAUGUAAAGCACAGUAAAACCUCUGCCUCAUCAUAUGGAAAGGACUUUCAAGAACUAAUAGGGACUUACAAUGCUUCAAGGAAUUUCAGGGGGAAAAGCCAGAAAAUUCUUCAUGAAGUUGAGCCUGAGUCUGAAAGCAGCUCAUACGAGUCACUAGAUGAUAGUGCAUCAGAUGACGAAGAUGCAAUUUCUGAUAAAACUAAACUUGCCAAGUCUUUCGUAAAAGAAAAUGCUGAACAUGAGCUGGAUCAGUAUCCUGGAGUAGAUGAUUUUGAUGUUUCAUGUGGAGAGUUCCUUGAAAGCUCGCGACCUGAGAGCUUUGCAUUUCCUGUUCAAUCUGCUGAAACUAGUUCAUCAGAAAGUUUGGAUCAAGGUCCUACAAUUGUUUAUGUACCCACGAGGAAAGGAACUGUGGAACUAGCUAACUAUCUGUGCAAAUCAGGCCUCAAAGCUGCAGCGUAUAAUGCAAAGAUGCCUAGAUCACAUUUGAGGCAGGUGCACGAGCAGUUCCAUAGCAAUGCCUUAGAGGUUGUUGUGGCUACUAUAGCAUUUGGCAUGGGAAUUGACAAAUCAAAUGUCAGAAGAAUUAUUCACUACGGUUUACCGCAGAGUUUGGAAGCGUAUUAUCAAGAAGCUGGUCGUGCUGGUAGAGAUGGAAAGUUGUCAGAUUGCACUUUAUAUUGUAAUUUUAUGAGAACACCGACACUGCUUCCUAACAAAAGAAGCGACGAACAGACAAGGGCAGCAUAUAGAAUGCUACGGGAUUGCUUUCACUAUGCUUUGAACACUUCAACAUGUAGAGCCAAAAUACUAGUAAAGUACUUUGGUGAGGAAUUUGGUCCUGACGGAUGCAAAAUGUGUGACGUCUGUAUUAAUGGCCCUCCUGAAAUGCAUGAUUUCAAGGAAGAAGCAGUUGUGUUCAUGAAUGUGCUCCAAGCUCAAGCUGGACAGGCAACUGAAGGCAUGGACUACAACAGUACAGACUGUUAUACAUCUGGAAGGCGAAAUAUUGGGGCGGUGCCUGAUUUCAGAAUGGCAGUCAGUUAUAUAAGAGAGAAGAUUCCUAGGUUUGCCAUGACAGACAAGAUAUGGUGGCAAGGGCUUGCUCGUAUUUUAGAGGACGUGGGAUACAUACAGGAAGCAGCUGAAAUUCCUCGUGUUCUAAUCCAGCAUCCAGAGCUGACAAGAGCCGGGUUAAAUUUUCUGAGUUCACAACCAGACGAGGAAGGCUUAUACGCAUACCCUGAUGCUGCUACGUUACUGGCGAUUAGUAACCCAAAGUCCUUCUCUUCUUCCUCGGAGUGGGGCAGGGGUUGGGCAGAUCCUGAGAUACGCCGCCAGCGUCUUGCGGGGAAAACAGGAAGAAGGAAAAGGAAGAGGGGUUCUCGGAAGCAGCCUGCAGGUUUCACCACUGCUAAAGAGAGACUAUCAGCAAUACUCUCGAAGUCGAAACGCAGAAAGUGAGUGAUGAGAUCAUGAGAUGGCAAAACUAUUCAUUGGAGCUUGAAAUGAAAUAAUCACAUAUAGCGAAGUUCAAUUCUGCAGCAGUUUUUUUUACGGCAGCAGGCAGGUACAGGUUGCUAAAUCUGACACAAUCAUUGUUCACACUGUCAUACUCCAUCUGUAAACAAAUAUAAGAGCAUUUAGAUCACUACUUUAGUGAUCUAAACGAUCUUAUAUUUCUUUACGGAGGGAGUACUUGUUUGGAGAUCAGUUGGGAUUUUUGUUUACUUGGAGAUUGCCUACUAAUCAGUUGAUUUCACAAGUUUACCGCUGAGUGUUAGUUUUAAGUGUUUUUUAUGGUUUCAUUAGGGUAACUACUUGUAAUAGCACAAAUGAAUGAGGUUACAGGUCACUAUUUUGGCAGCCCAUGCUCAGUCUGAACGUCGAGACACUGAGAAGUUUUUGACGAGAAUUUCUUCAUCAUC